CCAGGGACCGGACAGCCCCGGACAGCCCCGGACAGCCCCGGACAGCCGCGCUGCGGGCGAGCGGGGACCACAGGCACCACGGGGACCGCAGGUACCAGGGCUGACCCUGUUGUGUUGGGGGGGUCACAAAAAGAGAGGGAGAACAAGGGAUGGGGACCCCCAUAGUCCUGACCCUACUGGUGUCAUUGGUCCCAUUACUGGGGGAGCGAGGAGAAGCUUGGGGACAUUUGGGGACAUUUGUGCCACCGGUGGGCUGGCACCGGAUGAACGCCCUGAUAGGGGAUGGGGGCUCGGUGGUGAUUUGGGGAGGGCGCUGAGCCCCCCCAGGAGGAGGCUGCAUGCCCACUGGGGGGUCUGUCCCCCAUGGGCACGGUGCCCCCAUUCCCCGGUGCUGACCCCCGGUCCCGCAGCGCGGCCAUGGGCGAGUGGGGCUUCCUGAGCUCGCUGCUGGACGCGGUGCAGGAGCACUCGCCCAUGGUGGGCCGCUUCUGGCUGGUGGUGAUGCUCCUCUUCCGCAUCCUGGUGCUGGCCACGGUGGGCAGCGACGUCUUCGAGGACGAGCAGGAGGAAUUCGUCUGCAACACCCAGCAGCCGGGCUGCAAGCCGGUGUGCUACGACGCCGCCUUCCCCAUCUCCCACUACCGCUUCCUCGUCUUCCACGUCGUGGUGCUCUCGGCGCCCGCCGCCCUCUUCGUCAUCUUCGCCGUGCACCAAGCGGCCAAACCGGGGCGCGGGGGGACCCCGGGGGACCGUGCCCGUCGCCUGCAGGUUUUUUACGUGGGCAGCGUGGUGGCUCGCAUCGCGGCCGAGCUGGCUUUCCUGCUGGGCCAGGCGCUGCUCUACGGUUUUCGGGUGCAGCCCCUCUUCGUGUGCCGCAGCCGGCCCUGCCCGCACCGCGUCGACUGCUUCGUCUCCCGGCCCACCGAAAAAACCGUCUUCAUCCACUUCUACUUCGUGGUGGGCUUGGUGUCGGCGCUGCUCAGCCUGGCCGAGCUCGCCCACCUCCUGCGCAAGAGCCGAGAGCCCCGAGCCCCCCCCGAAGCCCCCGGCCAGGGGAGCGGGCACCAGCCCCCGGGCAGCCGGCGGGGGUCCCGGAGGAGCCGUGCCCCCCGCCACGAGGAGCCCUGGCUGUGUAGUUUGGUUGGGGGGUGGGGGGGAGAGGAGGGGGCUGCCAUCGCUGGCACGAGUUGUGGCCGUUCUCAGCCGUGGCGGUGGUGGGGAAGCGGCUGCACUGUGCCCCCCCCGGUGCCCCCCGCCCCCGGUUCCUGUUGUGGGCGGCGGAUGGGCCUCACCCGGCGGCUGCUGGAAAGAAAAACGGACAAAAAGGAAAACAAACAGGUCCCUGACCCCCCCUGCUGACGCCCCCCCCGUCCAAAUCCCAAAGUCCUGCUCUGGCCACGUGCCACGAGCGCGCCGGGGCUGGCCCCUGGCACAUUGAGGGGGGGGACGGGCACGGCUUUUUGGGUGCCCAAAGGACUUCCCCAGCUCAAAUUUUGGGGACAGACAAGGCUAAGGAGGGAAGAUGCCCCCCCCCACCCUACCCCACAGUGAGGCUACAUCAGGACUGUGACACCCCCAACCCAAAUCUCCCCCCCCAGAUGCCCCCAUAUCAAGAACGAGCCGGGCACUAGAAUAAAUAAACUUUAUUCUGGAGCCAGUCCCCCCCCCAUCCCCGCGUCCUCCCCGUGCCGGCCGGGCCGGGUCCCGCUCCCCACGGGGGCGAGGACCCCGCAGCCCCCGCCCCACCCUGGGGGGGGGAGGCCAGGGCAGGGUCCCACCCGGCCCCCCCCGACUCUAAAACCACUAAAAUCUCAACAACAACAA